UUAUGAAACAAAGGUUCACGCUUAGCGUUUAUACAAACAACAUAAUAUCAAGGGCUUCCUAAAGUAUUGUUGUUCACAUUUACGUAACAUAACCUUACCUAAAAAUGUCCAGCAAAGCAGCAAAAGUCGCAGAGUUAUUUACUAAAACCAUCGCAACUACUCGGUGUUUUGACUCCAAUCUCAGAAAGGUAAAAGUGGUAAGCUGUGACAAUGGCAAGAUGGUGACAGAGUUCCAAGUGGGCCCUGAACAUUUAAACCAAAGAGGGACUCUCCAUGGAGGUUUUAUAGCACAUCUUGUAGAUGCAAUAUCCACUUAUGCGCUGACUGCCAAUGAGAAUUGUGAUACUAGAGGUGUAUCAAUAGACCUGAGUAUAAGCUACCUGAACGCCGCUAGAGAGGGGGACAAUAUCAUAGUUGAGGCAAUAACAAGGAAACUUGGCAAAAAAGUUGCCUUCUUAGAAGUAGAAGUGAGAAAUAAAGAUAAGAAUCAAGUGCUUGCUACAGGAAGACAUACCAAGUAUGUAGGUAUUUAGAUAUGUAAAUGUCAGUGUACUAUAAAUGUAAUUGUUAGCUAAUUUAUACAAUAGCU